GUGACGGAUAUGCAGACAUCGUGAUCAAAGCUCACGCAGUGGAGGAGUACGACGCGUCCAUUGCCACUCACCAGUACGUAUCCUUCUCUUCGUACAUAGAUGACACUGGCAUCGGCGUGGAAGGCGACACGAAGGAGGAGGUCAUUCGCAAGGCUAUUCAAGCAGGGCGAGGUUUUCGAGCCACGGCGGCAAAGCUCAAGGCGACCAUCAAUGACACGUUUGCCAUCGUGAGCAGUUCGGAUGACAUCAGCAAUCAGAUUGCGGACGGUCUCAUGGUCAAGUCACAAUCAGCAAAGAAG